GCAGGGAAGAUGUGGGAGCAGGGCCCCAUGAGUGUAAUGAGUUAGGGAAGUUGGGUCAUAGACUAGAAAAGCAGGAAAGUGGAGUCUAGAAGUGCCAGGGCUGAAGCCAGUUCAGGGGAAUGGCCCAGAUGUGGAUGACUUCAGCUGUGUUUUUUUGCUCCUGAUGCUCAGAAAAGUCUGGUUCUCUGGUUGUCAAAUGUUGGACGGCAAUAGACAGAACAUUUUCUCCGUGGUUUUAUAUCCGUUCUGGGCUGCAGUGAUUAACAUUGAACUUUGGUUCCUGUGUAACUCUUGCCUGUGUCGAUAGAGUUAAGCUGGAGCUUUGCUUUGAAGGAUAAAUAAAGCACAGCCUCUCAACUGGACAUAAAUGGAUCUAAAGACAGCAGUAUUUAACGCAGCUCGAGAUGGCAAACUCCGGCUUCUCACCAAAUUGUUGGCAAGCAAAUCCAAAGAGGAGGUUUCCUCCUUGAUCUCUGAAAAAACAAAUGGGGCCACCCCACUCUUGAUGGCCGCCAGGUAUGGGCACCUUGACAUGGUGGAAUUCCUCCUGGAGCAGUGCAGUGCCUCCAUAGAAGUCGGGGGCUCGGUCAAUUUUGAUGGCGAAACCAUUGAGGGGGCUCCCCCUUUGUGGGCCGCUUCUGCAGCAGGACAUCUGAAGGUGGUUCAGUCUUUGUUAAAUCAUGGAGCGUCUGUCAACAACACGACUUUAACCAAUUCAACCCCUCUUCGAGCCGCCUGUUUUGAUGGCCAUUUGGAAAUAGUCAAGUAUCUGGUAGAACACAAAGCUGAUUUGGAAGUGUCAAACCGACAUGGGCAUACAUGCUUGAUGAUCUCAUGUUACAAAGGACACAAAGAGAUUGCUCAGUAUUUACUUGAAAAGGGGGCCGAUGUUAAUAGAAAAAGUGUUAAAGGUAACACUGCGUUGCAUGAUUGUGCAGAAUCUGGAAGUUUGGACAUCAUGAAGAUGCUUCUUAUGUAUUGUGCCAAGAUGGAAAAGGAUGGUUAUGGAAUGACUCCCCUUCUCUCAGCAAGUGUGACUGGUCACACAAAUAUUGUGGAUUUUCUGACUCACCAUGCACAGACCAGCAAGACAGAACGGAUCAAUGCUCUAGAACUUCUGGGAGCUACAUUUGUAGACAAAAAAAGGGACCUCCUUGGGGCUUUGAAAUACUGGAAAAAAGCAAUGAACAUGAGGUACAGUGAUAGGACUAAUAUAAUUAGCAAACCGGUACCUCAGACACUAAUAAUGGCUUAUGAUUAUGCCAAGGAGGUAAACAGUGCAGAAGAGCUAGAAGGUCUUAUUGCAGAUCCUGAUGAGAUGAGAAUGCAGGCACUAUUAAUUAGAGAACGUAUUCUUGGUCCUUCUCAUCCUGAUACCUCUUACUAUAUUAGAUAUAGAGGCGCUGUCUAUGCAGACUCUGGAAAUUUCAAACGAUGCAUCAACCUGUGGAAGUAUGCUUUGGAUAUGCAGCAAAACAAUUUGGACCCUCUAAGCCCAAUGACUGCCAGCAGCUUAUUAUCUUUUGCAGAACUGUUCUCUUUUAUGCUACAGGAUAGGGCUAAAGGCCUGCUGGGCACCACUGUUACAUUUGAUGAUCUUAUGGGCAUUCUGUGCAAAAGUGUCCUUGAAAUAGAGCGAGCUAUCAAACAAACUCAGUGUCCAGCUGACCCAUUACAGUUAAAUAAGGCUCUUUCCAUCAUUUUGCACUUGAUUUGCUUAUUAGAAAAAGUUCCUUGUACUCUAGAACAGGACCAUUUCAAAAAGCAAACUAUAUACAGGUUUCUUAAGCUGCAUCCAAGGGGAAAAAAUAACUUCAGCCCUCUUCAUCUGGCUGUGGACAAGAAUACUACCUGUGUAGGGCGGUACCCUGUUUGUAAAUUUCCGUCUCUGCAAGUUACUGCGAUACUGAUAGAAUGUGGUGCUGAUGUGAACGUCAGAGACUCCGAUGACAACAGUCCCCUCCACAUCGCUGCUCUGAACAACCAUCCAGACAUCAUGAAUCUCCUUAUUAAAUCAGGUGCACAUUUUGAUGCCACAAACUUGCACAAACAAACUGCUAGUGACUUGCUGGACGAGAAGGAAAUAGCUAAAAAUUUGAUCCAGCCUAUAAAUCAUACCACAUUGCAGUGUCUUGCUGCUCGUGUCAUAGUGAAUCAUAGAAUAUACUAUAAAGGACAUAUCCCAGAAAAGCUAGAGACCUUUGUUUCACUUCAUAGAUGAUAAUUUGACUGUUAAAGCACGAAUUGGUAACAGUUGUUUCAUAAAUGAGCACUGUUGUGAUAACACCAGCAUUCAUUUAGCUUGAUUUCAUCGUGCUCUCAUUGGCUAAAGCAUUGUAAGCAUCAAAUUUACAGGAUUGGUUUCCCAGUAUUUAAUAUAAAUAUGCCAUAUAAUAUAUUAUUUGUGAAUUAUUGAGAAAUGUAAUGUCAUAUUCAAAUUUCUAAAAUUGUCUGCCAAAGGCUUAUCCAUUCUGGUUUUGUUUGCUGUUCGGUGUUUGGGACAGAGUUAACCAUUUUUCAGUGGUGUCUUUAUACUUUUCUGGUUUGUGAAUUUUAUACAAUUGAAGGUCUUUUUUCUGCUUCUUCCUUCUCUUCUCCAAGCUUCUCCCCUUUUCCACCUCAUUUUUAAAUUAACCAUUUCUACUUAGCAAUUUUUUUCCCCUUAUGGACCCAUGUUAGUUUGUACAAACUUUAUGGACUUGUUACCAUUUGCAGUUACCAUAAGUGCUUUAUCUUCUCUAUGCACCGGCUUCAACUUGACUGUUGUGUAUGUUAGCAUAUUUUCUAUGCAGCAGUUGGUCAACUUCAACUCUGAAACACUGUUAAGUAUGUUACAAAGUUCAUUUUAUGAAAGUACUCUUGUAGCAUGACAAUUUUUAGAGUUACAGGUUAGCUACCAGAGCGCAAGCUUUUUUGUUGUUUUUUCCUUUACAUCUGAGGUUUCUUUCUCUAAUCCACUGAAAUUAUUGUGUGCUAAAUUGGGAAACAAAUCUAUUCUAACUCAUUAACCCAGUUGAAAUUUAGGUCUGUCAUCUUAAUAUAUCAUGCAGUAAAAGGAAGAAUCUUUAUAAAGUGACCCACCUUUCAUGCUGCGCCAGCAUUGUCCUGCUUGUGCUGAUGAUGUGAUUAGGUGUAGAGAAUUUGCUUAAAUUUAACCUCAAAGUUUAUCACACAGCUUAAUGAGUCACAUUGAAAUAUUCAGUAAUUGAACUGCAAAUCACUUUUAGUUACAAAAAGAGCUGAAGCAUGUCAGUGGCAUGAUGCUUGCCAAGCCAGAUCUAGGCAUCUAGGAUAAUUAAGGUAUUUUAGUAUGCAAUUUACUGCCAUAGUAUCAAAGGUCAGUAACAGUGUUCUUUAUUUCUUCAAGCUUAAGUAUAGUUUUGAAGAUAACUUGCAUGAAUUACUUUGGUCUCAAUUAUUUGUCACCAUAAUUAAAUACAAAAGGUUGCAGUGCUUCCUCUUCCCUUACUGAAAAUUAGCUUUUCUCUUUCUCUCUUUCUUUUCCUGCCUCCCUCCCUCCUUUUCUUUCUUUCUUUCUUUCAUUCUUUCUUCCUCUUUCUUUCCCUUUCUCUUUCUUUCUUUUUCUUUCUUUCUUUUCUUUCUUUCUUUCUUUCUUUCUUUCUUUCUUUCUUUCUUUCUUUCUUUUCUUUUCUUUUCUUUUCUUUUCUUUCUUUUUUCUUCUUUCUUUUUUGGAUUUUUUUCUUUUAAUAGCUUUGCUAAUGCCACAGAAAGGGCUCUUUUAAGAAAAAAAUAAGUGAAAAGUACUAAAAAAGAUUCAGGUAAUUAUCAUUCAGCACUUUAUUGUUAUUCAGAAUAAAAUUUAUGAUGGCAUAUUUGCCCUGCAAAUGUCUUAAUGAAAUUGUUCUGAAUAAAAAGCUCCUUAUUGGUUUGAGAAAAACUCAGUUUACCUGUGAGUUUAAUGAGCUGGUUCACUUGGAUUUUUGUGUUGAUGUUUUAUUCUGAGGGUUGAUGUAGUGGUAUUUAAGGAGUCAUCAUUGCAAACAGUCACAUUAGAUUUAUUUCAUCUUUAUUCAGUAAAAAACUUGUAAUGAAGAAUGGUAAAUAAAAAAGCAUUAAAUCUACUUUCUGGUUAAAUAAUUGAAGUUUAAUUUUUUAAAAGAUAUCCUUACUCGUUUUACUAGGUUGUAAAUUUAAUUUCACCAUUGAAAAAGGUGGUUUGGAUAUAAAUGGUUGCUCUCCAACCUUUUGAUUAAGAGAUUUUGAUAUCUUGUUUACUACAGGCAAGUUUGAUGAAAUAUUUGAAUUGCCACAUAUAUUAAGAAUAAUUCGUGAUUUAGACAAAUAUUCUAGAAAUAUCAGACAUCAGUUUUUGAAAUCAUUUGCCUCUAAACUUCUGGUAUAAGAAUUAUAUAUGUGUAAACUACUUUUUUUUUAAAAAAAGAGAAAACUUUGCAAGUACAGUAAAUCUACAUUGAUCUCAGUAAUUUUAGGGUGAAGGUGAGCAAUUGGAUUUUAAAUGAUUUAAUAUUCCUUUUUUGGGGAGGGAGUAGAAGACUUACAUGCUCUUAUAUAGUAAGGCAUAUCUCACACUAUUUUGUAGGUGAAUUUGAAUUUUGCAACUCUAGUAUAAAAUAAGGAUUUCUUUACAUAACAUUUUCCUAUCACCGAAUAUAGAUAACUUAGAACUAUUCCUCAGUCUUGAUAACUGAAAUGCCUUAUUUCAAUUAUGAUACAGUUCUCUGUUUGCCAUCUCCCCAAAUGCUGUUAGGAGCUCUUGAAAAAAUCAGUUAGUUUAAAAGCUCAAAAUUGUCCCUCUUAUUUUAGAGGAGGUUGUUUCAUAAAUGUGACCUCAGACACUGUUUAAGGUCUUUGUCAGAAAGUAUUCUCAAAAUUAUGAGACUAAAUUUUUAUAAAAACUUAAAUUUGUGAUUUUUUUUUUUAACCAACAGAUGAGUAAUUUAAUACUUAAUGAGCUAAUUGUACUCUCAGCUGUACAGUAUAGCAUGGUAAUGUUGGCUGGAGCUAAGUGUAAGUUUUGAUUACAUUUCCAUAAAAAUCCCCUGUUAAGGCCUGCUGAAUUUUAGAUGUUCCACUCUUGAUCAUUUCUGUAAAAGAAAUGGUCAUUUUACUCAGAUUACAUAGCAGUCUACAUUAUAAAGACAAGUGGAUUAUAGGUUUUAAAAAUAAUCAUUUUCUUAUCCAUAAAUCUGACAGGGACGUAAGCCCACAUCAGCAAAAGGUAAUUUGGUGCCCAUUAUGAUUUUGCAAUUAGGUGAUUGCUCAUUUGUAAAGUGACUUAACGUAUAAUGUUCUCAAGACCCCCAUCUACUGGGACUUGGGAAAAUUGUUUAGCUUAUAUUUGAAAAAGUAACUCUUUAAAAUCAUAUUGCCCAGCAGAAAGCUUAGGUUGAAUUUUACAGAUGUAAUUAUCCUUGUAAUUUUCCCAGAAUUGUGGGGGCUGGAUGAGAUAACCAUAUUCUUGUGCACUGUAACAGCAGAAUUAUCGCUUGGAACUGUAACCAUUUUAGAGUUAGAUACUAGGAAAACUAAAGUUAAUUGGUUGUCAUCUUUUUUUUUUGCCCUCAUAUAUCACUAAAUAACUAGUUUCUCUCCCUUUUGUCAAUUCCCAUCGUGUAUUUUUCCAAAAAGUACUGUAUUCAGAUGCCAGCCAAUACAUUGUCACACAAUGGAAAAUGAUAUGCCACAACAUUCAUUGUAAGGUUUAAUAAAAUUAAAUUUGCACCGAAUACUAGUGUAUUCUUAUUAACUCAAUACGUGAUUGAUGUUACCUUAAUGCAUACGAUAGUGGACUCCUGUCUCAAAACACUUGUAAUUUACAGUGAGAACUCAAGAGAUAGCAUUUAUCAUUAUACUUCCAUGUAAAAAACAAAGAUGACUUAUGUAGUAUAUUCUAGUUUUUUUUUCCAGUAAAGACCACAAAAACUAAAGAUACAGGUGGAUUUUGGUUGUGCGAUGCGUGGGAGAGGGACUGCUUUUAACUCUUGUUUUUUAACUGGUUUAACUCAGCUUUUUAACUGAGUUUCAUAUUAAGUAUCAGAAGUGUAUCAAAUAUAUUACUAUGAAGGUAGGUUUUAUAAAUUUCAUCACUUUUAAAUUAUAAAAUCUAAGUAGUCCUUGUCUUUUCCUUAUAUGUAAGUUUCCUAAUAUAAGAAAUUUUAAUUGAUCCAGAAAAUGCAUAAUUUCUAAAUUCCAGACAUAAAUUGAAAUAUUCAAUUGUGUGGGCUUUCCCCUUUUGAAUCAUUAACUUAUCCAUAACGAAUACAGGCUUUGUCAUCGUUUUGAUGGGACCCUUUUAAGUGUUAGUCUUCUUUACCCUUGGUUCUAUAGUUGUUUAGCUUAUAUUUGCUAAACAACCAUCAACCAACCACCACCACCAACCAACAACCACUACCAGUAUUUAAAAGGAAAUCUUACCAAAUUUAUAAGGCUAAGAAUAUUUUUAAUCAUUUGAACCCCAAAAAACGUUAUAUCCUUUUUUCCCCUCUGUCUCUGCACUUUCAGAAUGUUCUUUCUUGAGUAAUACGGGGUUAUGGGAAUUGUGAAGUAGUUGAUUCCUGUGUGCCAUGUUACCUUACAUUUUGUUUAUUAUAGGCUCUUUUAAGUAAGACUUUUCUCCUAAAAUUAACUCAGCUUUCAAUAAUUAUCUCAAUUUAGUUUAUUUUCAUGUCUGAUUUAAAGAAUAAAACAAUACAGUUCCAUGCCUUAAAAAAUUGAAAAUUUAAACUUUAAAAAGGAAUACACUUCAGACAUAUGUUCAUAUUAAAGAAGGAUUUGAUGAGUACUAGUCCCACUAAAACAGUUUGGGUGCUUAUUAAUCACCAUGUAUACUUUGGUGUGAGUCGAGUGGAGUUGUUUAAUGUAUUUCACAUUGCCAAAGAUAUGAAUUAAAAAAAUGAUAGUCUAUUAUAGAAAUAUUAUUUAACAAAACUUCCAGUAAUGUCUUUUUUGAAAGAAUUUUAUUGAGAUAUAAUUGACACAAUAAACUGCAUAUAUUUAGUGUACAAUUUGAUUUUUUUUCUUAUUAGGAAUGUUUAUGUGGCAAUCCCAAUAUCCCAAUUCAUCCCACCCCAACUCCUGUCCUCCCUGCCCUCCAGUAACAUCUCUUCUAAAGUGAGGUCUACUUGAUUUUUUUAAACGUAAUUGAGCUUUAUUUAUUAAUUUACUUUUUUCCUUUUCCAAAAGAUAAUUUUGUUAAUAGCAGGUUCCCCUUGUUUCCAUAAUUUUAAGCCAGUACUAAUUGAUCCUACGAUUGAUACUUAUUUCUAAAAUCCUUUCAUCCGUAUAAAUGAAUGGGUUUGUAGAUUAUAAAGUUAUAAACAAUACUUGUAAUGAUACCUAGUUCUAAAACUUAGAAGACACCUGAUUCAUUUUAUUUUUCUUUUAAACAAAAUGUAUUUAAUAUACUCAUUACAAAGGCUCAACUGAAGACAAUUGAAAAACAAAACUGGAACUUCCCUGGUGGCGCAGUGGUUAAGAAUCCUGCAAAUGCAGGGGACCUGGGUUUGAUUUCUGAUCUGGGAAGAUCCCAUAUGCUGCGGAGCAACUAAGCCCGUGCGCCACAACUGCUGAAGCCCGCCCGCCUAGAGCCUGUGCUCUGCAACAAGAGAAGCCACCGCAAUGAGAAGCCACAACUAGGGAAAGCCUACGGAGAGCAACGAAGACUCAAAGCAGCCAAUUAAUUUAAAAUAAAAGAACAAAACUAAAACGACACCACAGCUUAAGAUAACAAAGAAAGGACAGACUGAGGAAAAACCGAGGCGGCAAAGUGAAAGAGGCUGCCUGCUGGCCUCAGGGUUCUUAAAGGGAGACCUACUCUACCUAGACUUCCUAGCAGAUACUUAAAGGUUGUGGGUGUUUCUAGAACUUAGCAGCAUGUGUGUUCAGAGAGCUGUCAAGGUUGGGUUCCAGCCGGCUCUGCACAGAGAGCAGGUGGUCCUGACGUCACACAGGUGGGCCCGCUUGCCCUCCGAGGUGUCUAGGCC